UAUUAUCAUUUAUCUCCAGUUUUGUCUACUCAUCAUUUCAGAGAUGAGAUUUCCCACAUCCGAUCUGUGACGUACUCGACCGGUUUGUGGGCAAGCAAGCAAUUUAAAUACAUAAUAUGGUAUCAUGAACACGUUCGUAUGUGUGUAAUUCCCCAGUUUCCUUUAUCGAUGAUUCAUGCUAUUUUAAUCGUGUUUAAUUUUAUUAGCUUUUAGUUCUCAUCGGGCGUUUUAUAUAGUAACUACGCGGCUUUGUGAAGUGUUAAAUCAGUGAAAAAUGGGACAUCACGAUCAUAGUAAUGACGAUGAUGAUUACAGGUACUACAGCCAAGAUUCGUAUUACGAAGACAACACGAUGGAAAUAGUAAGCAGCGUCGUGGGUGUUGUCAUUGUAGUGAUGGUCAUCGUGUGUAUAUGGAGAUGCUGCUGCAGAAGUGGCAGUUCUGGAAGAGUUUUGGCACCGCCCCCCUCGAUCCCGCCCGUGCCGCCCGGGCCUAACAAUCUCAUCAUACACCAGGCAUACGUCCCUGCACACCCGGGUGCAGCGCCGCCACACACGACAGUGGUGAUUCCCACCGCGUCGCCGGCGCCGUACCCCCAACAGGCGCCGUACCCGCAGGCCGCACCGUACCCGCAAUCUGCUCCGUACCCACAAUCUGCACCGUACCCGCAAUCUGCGCCGUACCCGCAACAGGCGCCGUACCCGCAGGCUGCACCGUACCCUCAUGGUAUGCCUCAGCCGCAAACCGCGUCAUACCUCACGCCUAACGCUCCUGACGCCACUGGUCAUCCCCCAACAUACGAUCAAGUGAUGGGACCGCACGAUACGACACCUCACGCCAAACAACCGCCUUUCAACCCUUACCUCUCCUAAGCGACUAAUCGUUGCGACUAAUCGCAUGGACUUAGCAACUUUUUGAGUAUUAAACCAACCGGAGAGGCCAUUUAUAGGCGUUACCCACUGCCAAAGGCACGACACCGAUAGUAGUGCGUAGUUUUUAACUUAUAACAUACCAAAUUUACAUAUGUAAAGGUACACGUUAUUUACAUGUGUUUUCAUUGAAACACGAUACACUUUUGAAAUUAAUAUGCUAAGUGUUCUUUUCAAUUUCUGCAUUUUUUCGUGUUGUGUGUAAAAAAAGUUAUUUCAAACGAACAAAAUCUUUGCACAUUAUGGAAGUAGUUAUAUGCGCAAAGAUUUUUUUUAAAAAUCGAUAAAAAUACAUGUAGAUGUUUACCUUUUUUGUGACUAUUCGGGAAGUUUUCAGCAUUAUUAUUAUAUAUUUGUGCGUGUACAAUAUUGUACAAUAUUGUAGUCGAACAAUGAAAAGAAUCGAAAACUGAAUGUGCAUUUUAUGCAUAGGAAUGUACGCUAUCCGCUUGGUUUAAUACUCAAAAGCAACCAGUUAUCUAAGUUUUGCGACUAAUUGUUGCGACAAAGCGAUUAAUCGCAAUCUUCGGUGCUGUUUUGACGCUAAAACCAGUCACUUAUUAUACUAAACAAAGUGUUACAUGAAGUAUGUGUUUUACAUGUAGUUUUACACUAUUUAAUGAUACGCUUCAGUGAAAUCUAGACUGUAUUUCUAAGGCUUAAGAUAUAAAAUCCAUUGGUACUGUUUUGAAGUAAGCAACGAUUUUUUUUACUAUAAUAUAUGGCUACUAAAACGCUCUAAUUCGGCUCAAAACAAGUUUUACAUUCGUUGAAAGUUAACUUAAAUCCAUUUUCAAGUUAAUCUUAGUACAAAUAAAUUAUAAUAUAUAUACUACCUAUAGUAUAACCAAUUUUUUUAAAUAAUCAAAAAUAAGAUUCAAAAUUUGAUUUCGAUUGCAAACUGUUACAAUUAUCGACCUGCCAGUACUUUUAAAGAUAUUAUAAACAAAUAUACAAAUCGAACAAAAUAUAUCUUUAGUUAUUAAGAAACAUUUGUUACUGCCACUCUUGUAAUACACAUGUUAUCCAGCAUAUCGUAAUUAUUACAAUGAUCUACUGUAAUUUUCAUAUACAUUACGCUUUUGUAAGAAGAUAAAGGAUUUUGUAUAAUGAAACAAUUCCCAGAAUUAAAAAAGAAAAUCCAAUCCAUUUUUUUUCGUAUGUGAUUUACUUUUUAAAUAUGUUCGUUUCGAUCUCAAUGCUAAAAUAAAAAAAAAAACAGUUCUUAUUUCAAAUACUAAUUGAAAUUAAAACUUUUAAAUAGUUAUUCUUUUAAAAAAGUUUUAUUUUUUAUUAUUCUUUUUUAUAUUAAGAAUAGGAACAAGCAUUUUUCAAAUUAAAGUUAGUCUAUUAUUUUUACCUAUUGUAUAAUUUGUAUGUAUUCAUAUAGUAUUUGUAUAAUGUAAUUUAUAUAUACACUGUUAUUUUACAAUUUGUUAUAUAUAUUUAGUACCUCUAUACUGUUAUUAUAUUUUUUCUAUAUACAAAAUAGUAAGCAGGCAAUUUUCACAUUAUAAAUUGUAUUUCUUAACGAAUUUAUAUUCAACAGGGAUAUCAAUAUUGUAUGUCUUCGUCAAUUUAUUUUUUUAUCAAUAUUAUAAACGUAACCUUAUAUUUUAUAGUCUAAUCAUUUAUUUUCGGAUUUAUCUUUUAUAUUUAUUACUGUAACAGACUUUGUAGGAAAAUACAUCGCAUCUUAUGAACGACGAUGUUUUAAAAAAUAUAAAAUAAAUCCAUUUUCUACUUAAAAUACUAUGUAAUAUGAUUUUGCCUUAUUAAAAUGUUACCAAAGCAUACAUUUACAGUGACACCAUUUUUUUCGUACUUUAAACAUUUCAAUCAAACCAUUUCAAAAAAUACCAAAGGUAUUUGGAUAAGGGUGCAUAAAAAUGGUCGAAUGUAGCUAAAGUAAGAGGAUUAGACAAGUAUAAUCUAUUUUUUCUUUUAAGUGAAAAAGAUUAAGUUGUUUUGUCAUUAUUACGUUUUGAACACAAUAUAAUGUAAUCAGUAUAUUGUUGUAUGACUUUUUAAAUUCGUUUUGUUUUUUUAUUUCAAGUAGACUUAAGUUUUAAGUACAUUUGGUUAUUAUUUUCAAUUAAAUAGAGAUUUAAGAGAUUAUUCAGCAUUUUUUAAGAGAACUAUGAUUAUAAUUUGUGAUAUGGUAGUGUUAAUUGUAUGAUUUUGUAUAAAGAUGUCAGUUCGUUUACUACGUGACACAGUGGCGCCCUCAUGAUAGACACUUUCAAUUCAUAAAGUGCCAAUUACCGAGGGCAAAUCUUCUUCAUGUAUUUUUCUGUACGAUGUCGGCUUACUCCUGUUUUGAAAUGAGGGCGCCACUUGCCUAAUGUAACCUUUCAUAGUUACAAUAAAUACUGUAAUUUUGCCUGAGUCUGUACAAACGUAAUUUGGUUCCAGUUAUGAAUAGGUAACUGAUUUUAACGAUUCUUGACAGUGGGUUAGAUGACGGAUAAUUAUUAUGGCAACUAUUUGAAGGACCACCAUGGAGUAGGUACUCUGUAAACAAGGAAAAAUUAAAAAAAAGCCUCGCUUGUUUAGGAAUCAUUGCGUUGAGCCCUUUAAUUUUUACCCAUAUUAUAAUAGUAUUCGAAAAAAAAAAUUGUGUUUCACCAAGUCCAAUGGCGUUACACAGCCGCCAUGUUUGUUUCUUUUUUAACGUAACGUAAAAAAAAAACACUGGCAGCUAAGACGAAUGUAACAAUACCUCUCCCGUUCAGCGGUUUUAAAUGAGGUAUUAAGGAAUACUACAUACAUGUAUGCAUACGUACGUACAUACAUAAAAUAUAUGCGCGAAAAACAAUACCCCUCCUUUACAGUCGGGUAAUUAAAAUCACAUUUUUUGGACUCGUCCAAACGCUUCAUACUAAAUGUCACUCACACGUGAUGUGAGAAGCCACGUUAGCAGGCUAUGGUCACAAAGAAAACUAUGUUUAUUCGAUAGCGGCCCUAAAUAUUGCGUUUAUGCAGAUUGCACAUUACUUCUUAAUCAUCUUAAUAAAAGUAUUUACAAUUCAAAAUUUUGAAUACGAUACUUGAAUACCUGCAAUUUCUUCAUCUCUAUUCUUCUAAAAUAAUCUACAUAAAUUUGUGUUGAUUAUGAAUAUAGUAGAUGUUGCCCGGGGCUUCGCUCCUGUGGGAAUUUUGAGAUAAAAUUUAGCCCAUAGCAAUCUUGGAUAAUGUACCUUUCUAAUGGUGAAAGAAUUUUUGAAAUCGGUUCGUUUGUUUCCGAGACUACCCGCCUCAAACAUACAAACUCACUAAGCCUUCCCUCUUUAUAAUAAUAGUAUAGAUUUAUUACAAUUUGCCAUCCACCCUAGCGCUACGUGCUAAUUUCUCUGUCAUCUUUGGAACUGAUUUUGAAAUAGUUGAUACUUUAAGACAUUUUGGUUAGUAAUGUAUAUUUAGAGGUGCGUCAUUUUCGACAAUAAUUUGUGUAAAUACUACUUUUUAAUACGUAUUUGAUUUACCUACUUUCAACAAAAUUCAACUAACUACUUGAAGAUUGUUUACAUGUUUUAUUUCAAAAAGUAACUUUUAUUAUGCUAUACCUACAUUGAAGCGGUGGUGGUGUAAUGGUUAAGACGCCCGCCUGUGGAUCCCAAGUUCGAAUCCUACUCGUGUCACAUGAGUUUGUAUACCAAUCUGACUCAUGUAUAAUAGUUUUCAUCGACCACCACUUGCUUCCGGUGAAGGAAAACAUCGUGAGGAAACCUGCACACUGGUUGAUUCUUAUUAACUUGUGUGUGGAAUGGAGAAGGCAAUGGCAAUCCACUCCAUUAAUAAUGCCAAGAAAGUUGUUGUGUGUGUUUCAUUCCACGUAAUAACCACGACCCUCAGCCAUGAGGAAUACGACUAUGAAGAAGACAUUGGCGUUUAUUCAAACUACAUCUAAAACGAAUUUAAAUAUUGUCGUUGUGAAAUUAACUAAGAUGCUCACUUAUAAUGUAGCCGGUGUGGGAACCAUAAUUUUCCAAUUUUAAUUUUAGUUACUUAUUGUACCUAAGCUUUAUGGUAAUAGUUUUAAGAAUCAAAAUACCAUGUAAAUGAAUGUUAGCAUGUAUGCGAUAUUUUAUACGAUUAUUAAAAUUGUUCGGAAGUAAA